AUGAGAAUUUAUAUAAAAACGCUUAAAGGAUAUCCAUUUUCAUUAGAAAUCGAAAAAAAUGACACAGUUUUAUGCGUGAAACAAUCUAUCGAAGAACUUCAAGGAAUUUCACCAGAAGCUCAAAAACUUUUCUUCUUUAAUGAAUCUUUGGAAGAUAAUAAUUUAAUUUCUAAUUAUAACAUUUAUCCUGAAGCCACAUUACAUUUAAAAUUUAUAUUUUAUAAUAAUAUUCAAAUCAAAGUUCAAUUCGAAUUCUGCAAACCACCUUUUAAAAAAAUUGUAAAAUAUGAAAUUGAUCCAACUUCCACCACCAAAAUGUAUAAUGAAUCAUCCCUUCAUCUAUUUUAUUUUGAUAAAAAAUUAGAAUACAAUUAUUCUUUAAAUCAUUAUAAAAUUGUUGAUGAAUCAACUUUAGAUUGUAGUAUUUCUUUUACGAUAUUUGUUAAAAUUCUUCAAAAGAUUCAUGGUUUUCAAGUAUUUCCAAGAACCAAAAUAAUAGAAAUUAAAAAGAUGAUUGAUCAAAAAGAAGCAAUUCCUCCAAUUGCAAUGAGAGUUUCUUAUAAUGGAGAAAAAUUAAUGGAAAAUAAUACUUUACGUUAUUAUCAUAUCCAAAAUGUAUUCACUUGGAAAUAUUUAAUUGAAAAUAUUGAUUUUGGAUAUCGAUUUUGGAUAAUGUUCGGUGAGAAGAAAGACGUUAAAAAAAAAUAA